AUGCCGUCCUCACCAACCCCCUUCCCCCUCUACCUCCUCCCCUCCCUGCCCUUCCGCAGGCGUUCCUCAACCUCAACAACCAGCACAUCCCCCACCUCCUCGCCUUCAUCCUCACCCCCACAGCCCUCCUUCCUCACCACCAGCACCCCGACCUCCCACCUCCACUGCAACAAAUGCCUAACGCACCUACUCCCCGUCACGCACAUCAUAUCCAAAGGCUUCACCGGUCGGCACGGGCGCGCAUAUCUCGUCGCCCCUCCUCCACCGCCAUCGAGUUUACGAGACGGCAUCGGGAGUUUUCUCGGUGUCGGCGGCUGGGGCAGCGGAUGGCCCAAAGGAACCAUACCCAACACGCACACACACAAACCCGUAUCGCGCCAACUCUCGACUGGUGCACACACGGUCGCGGACAUUUCGUGCGUCCAGUGCGGCACGGUGCUCGGGUGGAAGUAUGUGGAUGCGGUGGAGGAGGGGCAGAAAUACAAGGUUGGGAAGUUUAUUUUGGAGACGGGGAGGGUUGUUAGAGGGGUAGAGUGGGAGGAGAGGAGGUAUGGGGAAGAGGAAGGGGUUGGCAGUGAGGAGAGUGGUGAGGGGGAUGAGAUACAGUUUGAUAGUCAGGAUGAAGACGAGUGCGAGGAUUUGUUUAGUGGGAUUUGGAGCCGGGAGUUGGCGGUGGGGAGGAGGAGGAAGAGGAGGUUGGGGCGGUGA